AUGGGCAACGGAGAAGAGAGCGCCGAAAACGACAAGACCCGAAAGUCCAGCGAGAACUUUCCUUGCUCUCCUUGUGGUCCUGGUUCUCCUGGAGUUCCAUCUUUUCCUGCUUCUCCUUCAUCUCCUGGUUGUCCGUCAGCACCAUUAUCCCCAUCUGACCCAUCUUCUCCACGUCUUCCAUCCGUUCCAGGUGGUCCUGGUGGUCCUUUUGGUCCAGGUUCUCCGACAGCUUUUCUUCCUGGUUGUCCUGCUCUUCCAGGUGUUCCUGGUGGUCCUUGUGGUCCCUUGUUUCCUGGAGCUCCUGAUUUUCCUGGUGUACCGUCAGCUCCGUCAUUUCCUGGAACUCCUGGUUCUCCAUCCUCUCCCGCAUCUCCGGCUAGCCCUUCUUCUCCAACAGGCCCCGGUGGUCCACGUGGUCCAGGUGGGCACUUGAUGCAUGUUCCAUCAGAUGGUUGUUCCAAAGCAACUCCACCACUUUCUCCUGGGAAUCCAGGAAUUCCGUCAGCACCAUCAGCUCCAUCAUUUCCUUUUUCUCCCGCUGGGCCUGCUGGUCCUGCUGGACAAUUCGAUGGUUCCUGUGAGCAAUUACAUUUGUCUCCUGAUCUUUUGUUUCUUCCAAAGAUCAAACUUGGUGUUGAGAGGGGCAAAGACUGUUGUUUAAACAUCAUCUUGUCCCAAUGUGCCGAUUUUUUCAGCACUCGCUCGUCUCGUCUUCUUCGCAAACGACUUUUUCUGGUGGAAAAGCUUAAGGAUGCGGACACAGUUGGGCUGGUUGUCGGUAGUGUUGGAGUCGAUAAGCAUCGGGAAGCGGUGAAACGAAUGCGUGAUCUGUGCAAGUCCGCCGGCAAGAAAAUAUAUGUUAUCUCCGUUGGAAAGAUUAACGUUCCCAAGUUAUCGAAUUUUUCAACUGAUAUCGAUGUAUUCGUUCUGCUGUCAUGUCCAUUUGGUGUUGUGCUUGAUUCGUCCGAUUAUUUCAGACCUGUGGUCUCAUUUUUUGAAGCAGAAAUCGCUUUGAAUCCGGCAAAAACGUGGGCAGCAGAUUUUGGAUGGUCGGCCGAGUUUGCUGCGUUCCUUGAAGACAAAAUCGAAACGGAAGUUCCUGAAGACGCUGCUGGAGAUUUCAGUUUGAUUUCGGGAAAAGUUCGUGUCCAAACAAAAGAAGAUGAAACAACUGGUGAUGGUCCACGGUCUGUAGCCAUUUAUAAUCCUGGAUACUGUAAUGAUCGAACAUGGAAAGGGCUCGAUGAUGGAGUUGUUACUUCUGAAGAUUCGACAACAAUGGGUGAAGGAAGAAGUGGAAUUGCUCAAGGUUAUUCCGGAAAAUAA